AUGACUUCUUUGCUUCAGCACAGAAUUCAGCCAAAGUUCUUCUCAAGCAGCAGAGUUCAGAAUUCAGAUGAAAUUGGUGGUGGGCUUCAAGUGAGAUCCAAGGAAGGGAAAUGGAUGGAGAUAGAACCAUGUGAUGAAACUCUUGUGGUAAACAUAGGGGACUUGAUGCAAGCAUGGAGCAAUGGCAAGUUAAGGUCAUCUGAGCACAGGGUUGUUUUAAAGCAACGUGUUAGCAGAUUCUCACUGGCUUUCUUUUGGUGCUUUGAAUAUGAAAAGGUGAUUUAUGCCCCACUGAAAGUGGUAGCAGAUUAUCUGAAGUUCAGAGAAAGCAAUGUGGAAGGCAAGUUUGAGAAAGUUGGCUUCACUGUAAAAGAGUUUGCUGGAAAUACAGGUUGA